GCCUUCAGUAAUGUAUUGGAGAAGAAGUUGACUGAAGACGAGAUAUUAGCGCAAUGUUUCCUCUUCUUCGUCGCCGGUUACGAGACAACUGCCACUACUCUGUCGUACUGUACGUAUGAGUUGGCUCUCAAUCCUACACUUCAGGACAGACUCUAUGAGGAGACCAAAGACAUGUUCAAUGAAAAGGGAGAAAUGGAUUACUCAGUGCUGUCGAGACUACCAUUCAUUGACGCACUCAUAUCGGAAACCCUUCGCAAUUAUCCGCCAUUACUUCGACUCGAGAGGGAAGCCAUGGAAGACAUAAUGUUAGGCAACACUGGAGUGAAGAUCGAGAAGGGAGUGAUCGCUGAAAUUCCUGUCUAUGCCAUACACCACGACUCCGACCACUAUCCGGAUCCAUUCACAUUCAACCCUGAUAGGUUUUUACCCCAAAACAGAGAUCACAUCCAACCCUAUACUUACCUACCGUUUGGUUCGGGUCCACGAAAUUGUAUUGCAAUGCGAUUCGCGUUAUUAGAGGUAAAGCUAGCCUUAGCUAAGAUGUCACAGCAGUUUCGGGUCUCCAGAGUGGCCAACACUGACGUCCCCGUCACCUACACUUCUAACCUUUUAGGCUCAUUACAGCCCAAACGGCUUGUGGUGGGUAUUCAGAAGCUAUAG